UGCAUUCAUUCUGCGUACGUUUUUUUUAUGAAAGCACUUUACGUACGUUCAUCGCCACGUGAAAACGAAUUUUCAAAAGUUUUAGUUGGAGAACUUCUUCGAUAACUUUCCUGUUAUGAAACGCAGGUGAAACUGUUUUAUCGAAGGAACGAUUUGUUCAGGAUGGGAGCUUAUCUUUCAGAGCCGAAGACAGAGUGCGUUUCUGAUGAUGGGGGCACCGAAAAGGUCCGAUUUGGUUCGUCUGCGAUGCAAGGUUGGCGACUCGGAAUGGAGGAUGGCCACAACUGCAUUUCACAACUUGACGAGGAGACAGCCAUGUUUGCUGUCUAUGAUGGUCACGGAGGAGCGGAAGUAGCUAUCUACUGCUCCAAGUAUCUGCCUGACUACAUCCUGGACCAGGCGGCUUACAAGAAUGGUGACAUCGGCAAGGCUUUGGAGGAUGCCUUCAUGAAGAUAGACGUGGCUAUCAAGGAGCCAGCCGUGGUGGAGGAACUGCGACAAAUAGCGGGGAUGGAACACAACAGCGAUGAAGCUGAUGCUGAAGAAGCGAAUGCCUUACAGGAAGAAGCCAACCUACCCCUAGGAGAGCUGCUUGCCCGCUACAGUUACCACCCGACAAAGACACGGACACUCCGCAAAAAACUGGACAGAAACGACCUCCUAUCUCCAAUGGUCCGUAAAAAAGCGCCGGCGUUUGGUAACGAGGACGCGGCCAAUGGACAAGACAAGGACAAUGGGGAGGGCGACAGAGGCUCAAUUCCUCUGAGACUCGACGAUGAUGAGGAGGAGGUCGAGGCAGGGUCAAAGGUCCAAGUUGAAGCUAAUGGUGCUAAGAAGGACGGCAGUGCUGUCGACGAGGUGCAAGAACCGGAGGGUAACGACAGUGGGAAGGACUCACAAGAGAUCAUCAAAUGCAAUGGUACAGACGCUGCGGAGACGGAGGAAGUCAACGGAAGAUUAGCGGAAAGUGAAGGUGAUAAUGAGGCAGAGGAGGAGGAAGCGGAAGACGAUGAGGAAGACGCAGAAGAAGAAGAAGAUGAUGACGAUGAUGAUGAGAGCGAUUCAGAAGAAGAUGAGGACGCCGAAGGAGGGGAUGAACCGGAUGAUGAUGAAGAUGAUGAGGAUGAAGAUGAAGAUGAACAACAAGACGUCUUUGGACAAAAAGAAGAACCUGGAAGUGACAGUGGGUGUACUGCCGUCGUGGCCUUAAUACGAGACAACCAAAUCAUCGUAGCCAAUGCUGGAGACUCACGCUGCGUGUUAUCAAAAGCCGGCGAAGCUGUAGAUCUUUCCAUCGACCACAAACCUGAGGAUAAAAUCGAAAUCACGAGAAUAGAGAAAGCCGGCGGGAAAGUGACGCCAGACGGAAGAGUCAACGGCGGCCUCAAUCUCUCAAGAGCCAUAGGCGAUCAUUGUUACAAGUGCAACACAAACCUUCCACCAGAAGAGCAGAUGAUCUCUGCAUUCCCAGACAUACAGACAGCUGAGCUGACCAAGGAACACGACAUCAUGGUUGUUGCUUGCGACGGUAUUUGGAAUGUCAUGACAAGCCAGGAGGUGAUAGAAUUUGUCAGGGACAGAAUAGCCAAGCAAAGCAGCGAGGGUAAACCCAAAUUAUCCGAAAUAUGCGAAGAGCUCUUCCACGUCUGCCUGGCGCCCGACACGAGCGGGGACGGCACCGGCUGCGACAACAUGACCUGCGUCAUCGUUCAGUUCAACCACGACACGCCGGGCCAACCCCUAGCCGUCGGCGUCAAGCGAAAGGCCAGCGAGAGUACGCCAACCGAUGACGAUGACAGUAAAAGGCACAAGGUCUGAUUCCGGACUCGUCUUUCCACUUCACACUUGUAUACACUCCUACAGUGGCCAUCUUUGAGUAGUACCCAACCAACAAGGUGCUAACUCUAUAUGAAGUGUUCCACCAUGACAUGGGUGCCAGACUAUUUUAAACCAGCCUCUCUUAGGGUUUGGCUUGCAUGUGGGGGAAUAAAUCCAAGAUGGCUGCUUGGUUACAGAAAUACUUUAAGGGAAAAACAAAGGGGAGUUUUAGUGUUCUCUUUACAUAUUCAUGCAUCUUCCCAUCGACACAAACCCAUAUUUCUCAGGGGAUAUGUAAAUAACGAGAAAAAAAAAGCUGCAUUUCUCAUUGGAAAUACUAGAUUUUGACACGUGAGUAAUAUUUUGUACAAAGCAUUCCUGGGUUUUUUUUUAAACUGAACUCAACUCUGUUACCAUAGUGAAGAUUUAAAAGCAUCUCAAUGGUUUAGCUGUGAAGUCGGCGGUCAUUUUCCUUGGAACCAAGUCGAUAUAAAGAGGGCUAUGAGUAAAUUGUUCAAGAAUUCGGUCUUCGUGAGUAUAGGUAUUCUUUAUACUGGUAAAGUGAAGGUUCUGGCAAAUUCAGACAACUGGGCAGAGGUCGAAAUGAGGGUUUGCGGGUAUUAGGAAUGAGAACAAAAUUCUUCUUACAAUACUGUUGUUGCACUUCAGUCGGACAUUCUGUUUAACCCUAACAUGGAUGUUAAAAGUUCGCACUUGCCGACAUGACCAAAAAGGACUGAGAAAAGGGCCUUUAAAGUUCCGCUUUGUAGUCGUACGAAUGAAAGAUGCCAAUUGUUUUCCUUAUUCAAUUUAUUUCUUUAAAAUGUGUAGUGAACAUAUUGAAGAUUACAACUAUGACAAAAUCUGAAACUAAAAUAAAAAUCACCGCUAUUUGGUUUGUUUUUUUCAUUUUUCUCCACUGACCUGUGCCCAGUUCGGUCUCAUUUUGCUGGAAUGCUGGAAUAUUUCUUUCAUCUGCAGCGCUGUGAAUUUGUGUCUUGGUUGUGUUAAGCAUCAAGGUUUAAAUUUAAACAAAAUAGCGUUAAGUUUACUUUGAUGUUGAAGAUGGUGGCGUUGUCCUCAAUGUGGAGUGAAAUUGUGCGAUCAAUGCGAUACACAUUGCGAUUCAUAAAUUUCACUACUCCACAUGCAUUUUAGCUUUUCGGAAGUGAGAGGUCAAUUUUUGGCACGAUAUUUCUCUUUCACGUCGGGCGAUUUUUCAGUUUCAAAAUUGAGAUGCUAGUAACAAUUGUACAAAGGCCUUACUCGAGGUAAUGUUCUUAAGAAAUUAAUGUACCAGAUAUAAUUGCAAAUUUUAGAAUUUUGUGCACAUUUAUUUUCAUAUUCACGGUUCCGGAAGCAGCAAUGAAGGUGAACUUUCAGGCUCUAUUCAAGUCCUAACGCAAGUUUUGUCAUUUUCAAAUACAGACCCACGAAAUUUCCAAUGGCCCAGUAUUUUAAGACCGAGUGUGGCGAUUAUUUCAUAUAAUUUAUUUGAAUAUAUUUGCUCCAGAAAUAUCCCAUUCAUUACAACAGUUUGUUAACUUAACUUGAA